AUGAACUCACUGUCUCAAACGCAUUUCCACGCUGCUCAGUACAAGAAUAUUCGUUUCGCUGAGUAUCCGUACGCGGAACUACUCCUCGAGACAUGGCAAUGCGCCUACGUGCUGGUGGCAUUUUGCUUCGUAGCAAACAUCUUCAACUUUCCAGGGAAAAUGAUUCUGCUGGACAUAGUUUCCGUGCUUUUGAUCUGGCGCAUUAAUGGAUGGCAGUUUGCAAUCACUGUUAUCGUCAUAUCCAUAGCUUUCUCAGUCUUUGGUGCUUACCUUGGAAGAAGUCCUUUAUUUGUGUUGAUUGUGGGGAUGCUAAUGCUGGGAAAUAUAAAACACGUUCUCCUCUUCUGUCUACCACAGGAAUUCGUGUCCCAAAUAUUUGCUGUACCGAUGUCCAGUCCGGGCUUCAUCGACAGUGUAGUUCGGUCCAUUAUUUUGGGCAUUGAACAUACUCGAAUGAGGUCGGUCUCGCUGAGAGAUCUCCUCUGCAAUUCCAUCGGAUAUACCGUCAUGUCGCCCAUCUGCAUGCUGGCCCCUUUUGUACACUUCCAAGACUGGCGGAAGUGGAGAGAGGGCACAACCAAAUUUACUGUUACGAAUCGUCACCACUUGGAAGAAGAACGGCCCCCACCACGCACAGGGGAAACUGUAAGACGCACAAUCAGCAUUCGGCGGGUUUUGGUAACUAUCCUCCGUCUGGGCUUCUGGACCCUCAUCCUAAAGUACGGCUUUGGAUCAAUUGACUUUAUAGGCCAAAUGUGUGGACCUGUUCGCAGAAUCUCUCGAGGUCUCAAUGUUCUCCAGUUGGACGGUUUUCUCGUGUACUUCAUCGCUUUCAUCAAUGUUGGCAAGUUCCACCUCUUCUAUGUACUGGCUUACGGCUACUGCAUGAUAGUUGGCGAUCUUCAACAGUUUAUGCUUUCUCCACUCUUUGCAAAGGAGACCUUACGCCUGGUUUUGGAACCGCAGGAUACUCAAUCGGAAUUUUUGCUAAAAUCCACUCAGGAUUUGAGUAUUGUCGAAGAUCUUAUUUCGUCAGAGGUGACAAUAAACUGUCUUAUGCCUGACCCUCCGCGUUGUCCACUUGGAACGUUACAAAGCUCAGAAGUGUGGAGGUAA